AUGCAAACUCUUCUGGGUAGAAGAAGAGGAGUUUCUGACAACAAUUCUAAUAAUGGGAUGAAGAAGAAGAGCUUUUUCAAAGUCUCUCUCUCUCUUGUCUUUCUCCUUUGGCUUCUUCUUUUCCUCUCCUCCUUCUUCUUCAUUACCCAUGGAGAUGUUGGUCAAGAAGAUGCUUCUUCUUUGAUUGACUCUGUUCCUGAUCCUGAUCCUGAUGGUGGUGGUACAUAUGAUGAGACUGCUGUGCCUUUGCCAUUACUAGAGCCUCAUUCUGUUCAUGCUACAUCAUCUGAUUUCAUGAGCCACAACGAUGGUUUAACUCCUCCGUCUGAAGACCAAGAAAAGUCUGCAGAGGUCAGUAGCGCUGUUUCAAGGAUUGAUACUACAGAAAGCAAAGUGUUGUUUGGUUUUUCGAGUCAAAGUGGUGAGACAGAUGCAGAAAGCAAAGAUGCUGACUUUUCCAAGCAAAGUGAGAUGAACAAGACAUGUAUUUCAUCUAAUGAUUCACAGGGCAAAGACGUUGUUGAGUUCUUGAACCAAAGUCAAACAAACACAGGGAACGACACAGGCAAUGAGUUUUCGAAUCAAAGACAGACGACCAAGACAGACGAUACAGAGAACAAAGACCAUGCGAUUCUGAAGCAAAGUCAGACAGCCAACGAUACAGAAACUCAAGGAAUUGAGUCUUUGAACCCAAAUCAGAUUAUUAACAAAACUGAUCAAAGGAAUGAUACAGCAGAGAGCAAUGCUGCUUCAAAGGUUGAUCGUGCUGUUCCGCUUGGCCUUGAUGAGUUUAAGAGCAGAGCCUCUUAUUCUAGAAACAAAUCGUUAUCAAGCCAGGUCAGUGGUGUCACUCACAGGAUGGAGCCUGGAGGGAAAGAGUAUAACUAUGCAUCUGCUUCAAAAGGAGCCAAGGUCCUGUCUUCUAACAAGGAAGCAAAGGGGGCUACAAGCAUUUUAAGCCGGGACAACGACAAGUACCUCAGGAAUCCCUGUUCUGCUGAAGGUAAAUACGUUGUCAUUGAACUCUCAGAAGAAACAUUGGUCAACACCAUCAAGAUCGCCAAUUUCGAGCAUUACUCGUCCAAUUUAAAAGAGUUUGAGCUUCAAGGCACCUUGGUUUAUCCGACUGACACAUGGGUUCACAUGGGUAACUUCACAGCUGCAAAUCUUAAGCAAGAGCAGAACUUCACACUAGUGGAGCCAAAGUGGGUGAGAUACUUGAAGCUUAAAUUUCUAAGCCAUUAUGGUUCAGAAUUCUACUGCACCUUGAGUUUAGUAGAAGUGUACGGAGUGGAUGCCGUAGAACGAAUGCUGGAGGAUUUAAUAUCUGUGGAAGACAACAAAAAGAUAUUCAACACCCGAGAGGGAGAAUCUGAGCACAAGGAGAAGCCAAUAAAGCAGCAAGCAGAGUCCUCUGAAGGAGAUGAUGGUUCCACAGAGAGAGAAAAGGAACUGGACACCUCGCCAGAGAAUACAAUAGCAAAAGUUGAAGCAUCAAUGGCUAGUAGUAAUAAUAAGGUUACAGAGCCAGUGGAAGAGGUAAGGCGGCAUCAUCAGCCAGGAAGCAGAAUGCCUGGAGACACAGUGCUGAAGAUUCUGAUGCAGAAGUUAAGGUCAUUAGACGUGAACCUAUCAGUUCUAGAGAGAUACCUAGAGGAACUGAACACGAGAUACAGCAACAUAUUCAAGGAGAUGGACCACGAAACCAGUGUGAGAGAAAAGACAAUUGCGACUUUGAGACUUGACGUGGAAGGUAUUAAGACGAGACAAGAGAUAAUGGUUAGUGAAGCAGAAGAGAUGAAAGAGUGGGGAAAGAGAGUAGAGAGAGAGAUGGAGAGAGCUGAGAAAGAGAAUGAAAAGGUGAGUAAAAGGGUUGAAGAAGUGUGGCAAAGACUAGAGUGGAUGGAGAAGAAAGGUUUGAUAGUGUUCACGGUGUGUAUAGGUUUUGGAACUAUCGCGGUUAUUGCAGUUUUGGUCGGUAUAGGGACAGGACGAGCAGAGAAGACAGGUGGUGGUGGGGCUUGGAUCUUGUUAUUGAUUUGUUCAACAUUCAUAAUUUUCGUUUUGUCUCUUUAA